AUGACACCUAUGGAACACCUAACCAGGGAGAGACCUCUGCUUUAUAUGGCCUUUACUCUGGAUGGAGGCAUUGCUCUUGUCACGGGGGCUGUCUCAGUAAUCUGGAAGGAGAGGGCCUUUGCCCUCGCCCAGGCCGGUGUAGAGGGCCUCAUUGAGGACAAGAAUUGGGCAAAGCAUCCUUCCUUUCGCGCUACGGCUGUCCAUGUAGACGUUUCCGACGAGACCACCGUGGACAACAUUGGUGAAGUUGCAGCGAGAGACUAUGGAAGGAUAGAUUACAGUGUACACUCAGCAGGGAUGAGUCAGGCGACAAUUGAGCAUCUCAAAAUUCACGUAUAUGACCAGACGAUGGCGAUUAAUGCUAAAGGUACGAUGUUGGUCUUGCGGGCUGUCGAGGCCGCAAUGGCUAACCAGAAGCCCCGCAUGCACCAGAGCCCUCGUCACGGUACCUGGCGUAGUUGUGGUCGGGACUCUAUUGUUGUGCUUCGUUCUAUCAAUGGCACGAUGGUUGCGCCUGGGAUGUUUUCUUAUGUAGCGUCUAAGUAUGCUGUAAUUGGCAUUGUCAAGACAGCUUCGAGUUUGAAGCGAAAGCAUCAAUUAGAACCAGUGAUUGAGAAUCUUACUUCUCUGAAAAGAGCUGCGUUGCCUGAAGAGAUUGCCGAUCCUGUUGUCUUCUUGUGUAGCCCAGCUGCGAGCUAUGCCAAUGGGACCACUCUCAUGAUCGAUAGUGGAAUGUCUCCGUCCAUGUUCCAAAACAGUCUGUGAAAGAUGGACAAGGAUUUCGCUAAAAUGUAUCGCGUAUGAUUAAACCAUGCCCGUUGACUUGGAGUGCCUAUCGGUACCUUCUGUAUUGAGAGCAGUGUUCUGCUGCUUUAUACAUCUUGAAUGUAGACUGAAUUAAU